GUUUAGCAUGGACCCUGUUGCUACUCAUAGCUGCCAUCUCCUCCAGCAACUGCACGAGCAGCGUAUCCAAGGCCUGCUUUGUGACUGCAUGUUGGUGGUAAAAGGAGUCUGCUUUAAAGCACACAAGAAUGUUCUAGCAGCAUUCAGCCAGUAUUUUAGGAGCCUCUUUCAGAAUUCUUCAAGCCAGAGGAACGAUGUUUUUCACCUGGAUGUUAAAAAUGUCAGCGGCAUAGGGCAGAUCCUGGACUUCAUGUACACGUCUCAUCUUGAUCUUAACCAGGACAACAUACAAGUAAUGCUGGACACAGCCCAGUGUUUGCAAGUUCAAAACGUUUUGAGUCUGUGCCACACGUUUCUAAAAUCAGCCACUGUAGAACAGCAACCUGGCAUGCCUUGUAAUCGUACGUUCUCCCUGCAAAGCUCUCUGGCCCCUGAUGCCACUUGUGUGAUGAAUGAGAGCAGCUACCCUCCCCAUUUACUGCAUGAGUGUCCAGCAGACGUGCAGCAUAAUAAAGCUUUGGAUGAAUCGCAUUCUCAUGCUUCACCUUCAGUUAAUCUUCAUUCUGCAAGUGAAAUAGCAAAACAAACCCCUGACACUUUAGAUGGCAGCUCUGCAGAACUACCUUUCAAACAGCCAAGUUACUACUACAAACUCCGAAACUUUUACAGCAAGCAGCACUAUAAACACGCUGCCUGUCCCAGUCAGGAGCGAGUUGUAGAGCAGCCUUUUGCAUUCAGCACCUCCGCAGACCUUACCGCGGUAGAGAGCCAGCCUUGUGCUGUCCGUCAGUCUGAAUGCAUCCUGGAGUCUUCAGAGCACUUGCCUUCCAACUUCCUGGCCCAGUCCCUGAGUGACUCUGUUCCAGAUCCCGAAUCAGAUGCCACAUCCCAACAACCCGCCAAACAGAUGAGGCUCAAAAAGGCCAUUCACCUGAAGAAACUAAAUUUCCUAAAGUCACAGAAAUCGGCAGAGCACACCUCUGAACCCAGGUCAGAUGAUGGUUUAACAAAGAGCAUGGAAUCGGCUGGUGAAAGUACCAUGGAGAAAGCUUGCAGCCAGGGUACUGAAGAAAAAGAAAGUGAAGAACUGGGCAUUUGUGAGAAUUUUAACUGUGUUAGUGAAACGGAGCAACCCAUAGACCCUGCUGCACUGGAAGACCAGUCCCAAACACUUCCGACACAGAGACAAUACGCGUGCGAAUUGUGUGGGAAACCUUUUAAGCACCCAAGCAAUUUGGAGCUUCACAAACGGUCUCAUACAGGUGAGAAACCUUUUGAAUGUAACAUUUGUGGGAAACAUUUCUCUCAGGCAGGUAACUUGCAGACUCAUUUACGUCGGCAUUCUGGUGAAAAGCCAUACAUCUGCGAGAUCUGCGGAAAGAGGUUUGCAGCCUCUGGCGAUGUCCAGCGUCACAUCAUUAUUCACUCAGGAGAAAAACCACACUUGUGUGACAUCUGUGGUCGAGGGUUCAGUAACUUCAGUAAUUUGAAGGAGCACAAGAAGACACACACGGCUGAUAAAGUCUUCACCUGCGAUGAGUGUGGAAAGUCUUUUAACAUGCAGAGGAAGUUGGUCAAGCACAGGAUUCGGCACACGGGGGAGCGGCCCUACAGCUGUUCCGCCUGUGGGAAGUGUUUUGGGGGGUCAGGCGACCUCCGCCGACAUGUCCGCACUCACACCGGGGAAAAGCCGUACACGUGCGAGAUUUGCAGCAAAUGCUUCACCCGCUCUGCGGUACUCCGGCGGCACCGGAAGAUGCACUGCAAAGCUGGCGGCGAGAGCCCGGAGGUGCUGGGAGAGUUCGGCCAAGCCGUCGAGCCCUCCGACCUUGAGAAGUCUCAGAGCUCAGACUCUUUCUCACAAGACCCGUCAGCGACGUUGAUGCCUGCGUCAGGGAAGCUCCCCGUCCAGCCUGUGGAAAACGCUGUGACAGAACUGGACAGCCAUGCUGCUGGCUCCUAUUGUAAGUUGCGGUCCAUGAUGCCGCCUCGUGGUGUCCGUAACCAAGAGAAGCUGGGUCUGGAUCCUGUGAGGCUUGCUAAGCCCCAGAUGCCGCAGACGCAGCCUCAGACAUAUGUGUACUCGGACGUGGACACCACCGCCAGCGACGAGCCGCUGCAGGCCGAUGGCCUGUCCAUGAUCCGCUCAUCUCUGGCUGCUUUGGACAAUCACUGCAGUGACCCCUUGGGUAGUCGUGCAUCUUCCACAGCUUACAGGAACUCAGAGGGACAGUUUUUCUCCAGCAUGACUCUCUGGGGGCUAGCAAUGAAGACACUGCAGAAUGAAAACGAGCUGGACCAGUGACGCACUGUGUCAGCAUUUCUUCAUGGCAGAGGCAGUGUUCCCUCAGUUGGGCAGCCUGGGAUCGAGGCCACGGGAGGAACCGUCUUCCUGUGGCUGGUCCCUUCUCACAGCCAGAGGACGUUCAGAGAAUUUCCCUCCUGAGGAUGGCAGAUAAUUUGAAGCAUCUUGAGCUCAGGGCUGGGGAAGAAGGGCCAAUGGCUCACCGUGAUGCAGACGCAGGCCUGGGGAGCCUGCGUCACGACACCAGGGCUGGGAGACGCCGUCUCGCUCACUGCAGCUGGCACAAGAGCUUGCGGACUCUGUCCACACUGUAAGGCUGUGUGGUGCUGAAGAAAUGAGACAUGCAUCACAAGACAAUACUAUUUUUGCAUUUGAAAGAUCAAAAUUUGUAGCAUUUGUAUUUUUAAAUAUUUACAAAGAUUUUAUUUGCAUAUGAAAUGCAUACUAUAAUUUAAUUUGAAUAAAUGAAACUUGCUUUUCUACAUAA